UCACUCUCUCUUGCCAUGCGUUGUGCCAAGUCAAAGUCGUUAAAGAGAGAGGGAGAGUAAACUAACAAUAAUGACGAUGGACGAUAAUAACUCCGUCUACGUCGGCGGCCUCCCUUACGACGUCACCGAGGAAGCUCUCCUCCGUGUUUUCUCCCCUUACGGCACCGUUCUCGACAUCAAGAUAGUGAAUGAUCAAAGUGUAAGAGGAAAAUGUUAUGGCUUUGUUACAUUCUCAAGUCGUAGAUCAGCUGAUGAUGCUAUUCAAGAUAUGGAUGGCAAAAGUAUUGGUGGGCGUGUAGUGCGUGUGAAUGAGGUGACGACAAGAUUUGGUGGAAGGUUGAAUCAGGGGAGGUUUCAACCACAAAGUCCUGGUGGGAGAAGUGAUUUUAGUUAUGAAAGGGAUCGGUUCAGAGAACGGGAUAGGUCUCAGGACAGGAGAAGAGGUCGUUAUGUAGUUGAGGAAAGAGUUUAUGAGCAUUCAAAUGGUUUUGAGAGGAGAAAUGGUCAUGAUAUGGUGGAUAGGAAUGGUUAUAAGGAGAGAGUUUUUGAAGGUGAAGAAGGAGGAGAUUGGCGUGGGGAUAGUGGUCGGAGAAUCAAUGGGAAUAGUUCUCAUGAAGGAAGGAGCCAAGAAACAGAGCGAGAAGAUAGUGCUAUGCUUGAUGGUGAGCGUGGGGGCAGAGAUGGCAAAGAUCACUUCUCUAACUCAAAUGGAGAUCACAGUAUUCAGGUGAAAGAAGAAGUGGAAGCACUGAUUAAGAAGCGUGACGUGCUUCAUGAUGAGGUACUGGUCUUGGAAAACAGAUUGGAAGCAAAAGAAGAUCUGUGCUCAGAGCUACAGAAGAAGUUUAAGAGAUUAGAAGAUUUAUUGAACGAUGAAAAGAAACUGACUUCACAACGCCGAAAAGAAUUGGCAAAGCUACAUAAAGCAUUUUCAAGGGUUAGAGAAUGCACGGACAACCUGAAAGACUGUGAACAGGAACUCCAGUUGCUUGUUAAUUCAGUAGCUAGAGAAGGUGUGGUUGGUGCUGAUGAAGGACUAGAAAACGGGUAUGCGUAGUACAAGUUGUAGCGUUAGUGUGUGUUUGGAGCCUUGAGCGAGGUUGAUUUGGUACUGGUUAUCUCAGAUCAACUGGUCUUGAUAUGAUUAAAUAGAAUCACUAUUAACUACGUGAAACUUUCACACACCCUUUGUAAAAGUCUUACAUUUGCUCAUCGAUUAACAAUAGUGUGCAAAGCUUCAUAUUUAUUAUCAAAUAAAAUUCAAG